AUGGAACCAUUAAGAACAACUAUUGAUGAAUGCACAAUAAAGUCCAUGUACGAUGAUAUAAUGCAUGGUUCUAGAGUGCUGUCAAUUCCUCUUAUAAGAUGUGACGAUCAAGUAUUUAAAUACAAUGGAAGUAUUAAACAGGAAAACAUUGAUAAUCAAGUUUUAAAUGGAAUGAUAAAACAGGAAAUUAUUCAUGAAACUGACCAUCACAAUGAUAAUAGGCAAACAUUACAAGAAGGAGUUAAAUGCGAAUUUGAUGAAGAAAUUAAUACAAUUGAUACCUUAAUAAAAAAUGAAAUGGAUUUGAACGACGGUUAUGUGUUUAAAGGAUCAUUUAACAACGAGUGCUAUUCUUCGGAACUAAUAAGUCAAAUAAAUUCGGACAAGACUGCGCACUCAAACUCAAAAGCACUCCUCAAAAGAAAUUCGAAGACUCCUACAAGUAACAUAAGAAAACGUUUAUUUUGUGACAACUGUGGAAAGUGGUCUUCUACUAAAACUGAUUUGCUUACACAUAUAUCGGGUUGUACAGCAGGAAACAUUAAUAAAACAGAUAUUUGUGAUAAAGGGCUUUCUAAAGCAAAAGAUUUGAAAAAGAAUAUAAGGCCUCAUACUAAAUUAAAGUCAUAUAAAUGUGAUGUCUGUGGUAGUGGGUUUUCUCAAGCAGAAGGUUUAAAAAGGCAUAUGAGAACACACACAGGAGAGAAGCCAUACAAGUGUGAUACCUGUAAUCAUAAAUUUUCUCAAACUUCAAAUUUAAAAGUUCAUAUGAGAACACAUACAAGAGAGAAGCCAUACAAGUGUCAUGUCUGUGAUCAUGCAUUUUCUGUAGCUGCAAGUUUAAAAUGCCAUAUGUGGACACAUACAGGAGAGAAGCCAUUUAAGUGUCAUGUCUGUGAUCGUAAAUUGUCUGCAGCUUCAAGUUUAAAAGUUCAUAUGAGAACACAUACCGGAGCUAAACCAUAUACUUGUGAUGUUUGCAAUACUGCAUUUUCUCAAUCUCAAAUUUUAAAAGUCCAUAUGAGAACACAUACAGGAGAUAAACCAUAUACAUGUGAUAUCUGUCAUCAUGGAUUUUCUCAAACUGUUUCUUUAAAACGGCAUAUGAGGAUACAUACAGGAGAGAAGCCAUACAAGUGUCAUGUCUGUGAUCAUGAAUUUUCUGUAGCUUCAAGUUUAAAAUGCCACAUGAGGACACAUACAGGAAAGAAUCCACACAAGUGCGAUGUCUGUGCUUAUGAAUUUGCUUAUUUAGGAAAUUUAAAUAAGCAUAAAUUGACACAUACUGGAGUAAAGCCAUAA